GAAGGAGGAGCGAUAUCCAAAAUAUUCAACUUCUAAAAAAUCCACCCGUCACGUCCUUUCCGGCUCUUGCGCCAUCCUCGGUUCCGCAGCCCAACCGACAUCCGCUAGACCUAAUUUGUCAGUGGCCGCCAGACGCCAAAUGCCAACCACCAAAAAACGUGACGAGGGCGCAGCAACUGGCUCCGCAUCCUUCACUCUCACUCUCUCUGAUAAUGAACCGCACUCUCCGCGCACGGUACAGAUAGGAAUGGGAUAGGGUAUCAUAGAGUAAUAAAAAAUUCCCACACCCAAAAUCGGGGUGGGGUGGACGGUGGGUAGAUGUUACCGUAUUGCCUGCACCCGGCGCUGGCGAAGGGAAGGCUGGACGGGGGAGGGAGAGGGAAGGAGGGAAGCGGAUAGGCAACCACAUCAAUCAUAGAAUUAUAUCGAGGGGAAAACGGGGCAAGUGCUCACGGGGUAGGAAUGGAGAGAGGGGAUAUCAGAGCAGAGGGCAAGAGCGAAUGCGCUCCCAUGUCAUGGAAUUGGUCGCUGAUUUUUCUGCUUUCUAAAGUUGAUCCGGGAAUCCUCCUAAGAAUUCGUCCAUCAUCCGCUCCACGAACGGCGCUCGAUCCUGUCGAACCGUCCCUCUUUCCCCCAAACACGUUCAUCAAGCACGGUCGUUUGCUGGUUGCUCCAAACAUCCUCCUCCUCCCUCUCCCAUCCCCCCGACCCGUUUCUUACAGCCGGGCAGUCAACGCUGUCCAUACCCAUACGCACUUCCGUCAAUCCAUUCAUCGCUUCCCUCGCUCACCCGCUCCCUCCCUCCCUCACCCUCUUUCCCGAUUCCAGCCGCUUUUCUUCCUGCUCCCGAUCUCUCGUUGCCCCGGGCCCAUCAUUCAAUCAUUUCCGCUGAGAGACAGAAGGCUCCGAAAGAAUAAGGAAAUAGAUAAAAAUAAAAGAAAAAUAAAAGACCCUUUCCCAUCCUAUCGCUCUUCGCCGCCC